AUGCCAUCUGAAGACCGUUCCUUGACACCAUACUAUGGAUUCACGCAUCCCGCCGCGCCAGGACCGCAGCUCCGCCAAGCGUCCCAUCCAACCUUACCAUCCAGCCAGCAAUUAGGCCGGCCCCUCCUCUCCCACCUCUGGAACCCCUUCCUCCCCUACCUCCACCACCAAUCCCCAACCCUUACCGUCCUCGAUCACGAAGCCUACCUCUUCGCCGACUGCCUGCACUACUACAACGAGAUCAUGCGCCCGCUCCUUGUCGGCUGCCUCAUCCCCAACCAGCCCCGGGAGUUCCGCACCGAGGAGUGGAUCAACACGCCCCCGCUCAUGAAGCACGCCACUGUCUACGCACUAUCCACGCAUCGCAUGGCGCGAGGUGAGGAUUUUCCGGAGCUGAAGACGCAGCGGUUGGUGCACAGGGGCAAGACGGUCGUGCUCCUGCGGCAAGCGCUGGAGAUGUUGCAGGGGAGUCAGUGGGCGGCGUUUGUGAUGAUUGUGCAAUUCCUGGGCGGGGAGAUUGCGACGAGUAGUGUGAGUGGAUGGCAAACGCACUUUGAGGCCGCGUGGCGGAUGUUGGAGAGUAUUGGGGGAGGAACUGGGAGGGUGGGGGAUGGGGUCGAGUAUUGUUGGAAUUUGUGCGAGGAGCCGCAGUUGGCUUGUGUGUAUUUGGUGCAGGUUGAGGUGUUUAGUGCGACGACCGCGCCGGUUUGGGUGAUGGGAAGGGGGAGAGAAAGGGAGGUUGUAAGGGUGUUGGGGAGGAAAGAUUUGGGGGAUAUGGAGGAUCGGUUUGUGGCGAGUAUGUGUGCUUGUCCGCUCGAGAUUGUGAGGACUUUGGCGGAGAUUAAUGGGUUGCGUGCUGAGUUGUAUGCUUUGCAGAGAACACCAGAUCGAGGAGAGGGUUUUGCGGUCGAUGGCGAAAGUGAGGUAUCGACACGGUUGUGGAAUAUCUUGACACGACUGCUUUCGUUCAAAGCGACCAAUUGGGUAGAGCGAACUCUGAUGCGGCACGAUGCCCAAGUCGUUCAUGCGGAGACGGCAGGAGGCUUCGAUCGACAAGCGAUGACAGAGUCAUGGACACGUCUGGCAGAUUGCUAUCGAUCGGCGACAGUCAUCUACCUCCUUCGAGCAUGCGCUUCUUCUCACCUAUCGACAGCGCUGCCCGAAGGGUGCAGAGCGUUCAUGGAGGACUCAGAAGAAGUCCUGAAUGAGCACCAACACAUACUGUCCAUGAGUCUGGCAUACCUCCUGCGAGGUCUUGGUUUCCGGCAGACUGAUAUCCGUGGGCCGAUACUGUGGAGAUUCAUCUACUGGCCAGUGUUCAUAGAAGCAUAUGAGUUCACGGGAUGGUCUCCGAAGGCGGCUGAUAGCUGCGCGACAGCUGAAGUCGACGGACGACUGGAUAGGAUGAGGCUAUUGGGUCGACAGACUGGUGCGAUGUGCAUGUCAGAUGCUGCUGAGUUGUUGAAGAAGGUGGCGAGAGAGCGCAAAGGUAAGCAAGCGUGGCAUUGGGACGAUGCGUUCCCACAGCGAGUGUUACUUUCUGUAUGA